AUGACUCAAUCACUCAGACAGAUGAUCGAAGACGCGCAAUCUCAGAUCGAAGACACGCAAUCUGAGGUUAGAGAUAUGCGCGCUGAGAAUGCACGUCUUCGAGCCGACAAUGCAAACCUUCGAGCCGACAAUGCGAAUCUUCGAGCUCAAAACAACGGAAUGGGAGACUUUCUCGCCAACGACCUGAUGCCGAAGGUCAUCGAAUUGAACAAUGCAAGCAGACUUCACAGAAAGAAAGUUAGCUACAUUGAGAACCAAAUGACUCAGCUGCCGCAACAAAUCAGACAGGAGCUGCUCGACAAGGCUGUUCCGGUAUUGGAGCAAUCCGUGAAGCGAUCUUUCGCGCAAAACAGACGAGCCAUCAUGGCUGCGGAUGACGACCAAGACAGCUCCCACCAGAUCAUGGAAAUCACCGAGGAAGAAUGGGCACAGUCACUUGAAAGCGAUUCGAUUCCAGAGACCGAGGCAACCGACGCACCCAGACGUCGUGUCAAAAUCAAUGGUCCAAGAGGUCCCAGACCUCAGACCCCUGACGAAGAACCAGCAAGAGAUACCACUGAAGAGGCAGUUCCUGGUCCACGCAUGCCGCGCAGUGCCGCAGUUUCCAACCAACGCAUCACGCGCAGUGCUGCUAAGGGCCGCGGUGUUGCUGUUCCUAGUCUUGUCAACCUCGAGCCCGACCCGUUCAAGGCCGCCCAGAAGCGUAAAGGCAAGAGUUAUCGUCCUCGCCGUACCUUCUAA